AUCGAGCGGGGUUCAGAGUUGGGGGGCGGCGAAGGGGAAGGGAACGGAAACGCCCCCCCUCACCCCCCAAGAACGACCUCCCUCCUCUGAGGCGGGGCGGAGGGUCGCCGCCGUUGUCUUGGCCGCCCAGGCCUGGCGCGGGGUCCGCCCUCCGCUCCCUCAGGGGUCUUGUUAGGGUGGAGGGGGGUGUUUGUGCUUUUCCCGACCCCCGUGUUCCGUCUCUGGAACACGAUGUCUCCCUCCCCUCUAGUUACUCCUACUUACAUGUCAUUUCUCCAUCCUUCGUAAGCCGCCUCGACCCUCUGUAGAAAGGCGGGGUAUGGUGACUAUAUUAUGAUUGUUGUUUGUUUGUUACAUGUCUUGCCCACUUUUCCGCCAAGGAGUUCACAGUAGUGUAUAUGGGUUUAGCAUCAGCUCCCAUCCCCAAUCCCUGGCUACAGGUGCGACCAUCUCCUCCUCCUUCUCCUGCCCGAAAACCCUACAGUGCUUUUUCCACAUGCUUUCAGUAACGUUUGGAAAGCUGAGUAGGCUUUUAUUAUUUAUUUGCUACAUUUGCACUCCAUCUUCUCCCCCACCCCCCACCUCAACUCCAGGAGCUCAAGGUGGUGUGUACAUGGUUCACUCCCCCCCCCCAGGUCGGUUAGGUUGAGUGUGAAUGGCUGGCCCAAGGUAAGCUUUGUGGUCAAGGAGGGAUUUGAACCCAGGUCUUCUAGAUUUUAGUCUGACACUCUAACCACUGCACAACACUGGAUCAUUUCUUUUCAUCAUCAUCAUCUUCAUCACCAUCAUUUACUCCCCCUUCACUUUAAGGCCUCAAGUUGGUUUACAGCAAUUUAAAAAAUGUAUGAAAGAUAGUUUUAAACAACUUUUAAAGAUUACAGAACUAAGGCGGCUUCUAAAAAUAUAUAUCUCAAGUGAUAAAGGCCAGGGUAAAGAGGAGUGUCUUCAGUACCUAUAUAGAGCACUUGAUAUUGUUGUCAACAGAGCAGCCGCCUACAGCCUCCUGGUGCUUUUUUCCAUCUGUUGUAGGGCUGCCAACAGCAACCUGCAUGGUCAGUGGUGAUGGGAAUUGGGAGCCCCAGGUUGGGGGAGGCUGAGCUAAGACCAUACAUAGCACAGGGGUUCCCUAGCUGUGGUCUUUCAGCUAUGUCUGGUUCUGUGCCAGAUGGCUAGAGACUGCACAGGACACCCAUUACAUUAAAUAGUCAUAUUGAUUUCUAAUUGUAUUUUUAUUAUUUCUUUGAUUUUAUAUAUUGUAGUUUUUUGUAUUACAGUGCGAACUCUAUGGAAUUCAAGUUGUGAUACAAUAAAUAAGAAAUGAAAGAAGCAAUUAAAUUACACUUUAAAAUUAUUUUAUUUUAGAAAUUUAUGAGGUGCUUUUCCACAUUUGUGUGGAAAAGUCGAGUAUAAAUUAUAUACAUACAACUGACACUCCAAACCAGGGGUCAGCAAACUUUUUCAGCAGGGGGCCAGUCCACUGUCCCUCAGACCUUGUGGGGGGCCGGACUAUAUUUUGAAAAAAAAAUAUGAACAAAUUCCUAUGCCCCACAAAUAACCCAGAGAUGUAUUUUAAAUAAAAGGGCACAUUCUACUCAUGUAAAAACAUGCAGCUUCCUGGACCGUCCGCGGGCCGGAUUUAAAAGGCGAUUGGGCCACAUCUGGCCCGGGUUAGUUUGGGGACCCCUGCUCCAAACUGUAAGAGGUUUGAUAUAUUGGAUCUAGUUUGAGCAAGCACUAGAACUAAGAUGAUCAAAUAAAUAAUAUUUAACCACCACCUGCUCCUCUUUUACUGCUAUGCUGCUUGGGGCAGUUUAUUAUGGUUUUUAGAAAGAUUAAACAUAGUAUUGAGUGCCAUUUGGCUGAGAAGGUACUUAGGAAAUGUUAACUAUAAUUAAUGAAUAAUAUACAUUAUGGUACUACUUCUGGCUGUUUGCUUCAAAGUGUUUAUUUAUUUAUUUAUAAAUUUAAGCCUGUUAUACCACCUUUUAUAUGGUGUCACAAGGAGACGUACACACUAAUACAAGAACUGUAAGCAAAUUAAAAUAUCAAUUAACAUCUACAACAAUAAAAGUCAUAAUGCAACAGUGAUUCCGUUAAUAUGAAAUCAUAACCCUGGUUUCCAUAACUGAGCACCAGUGCUUUUUGUACCCUGUUUCAGUAAUCUCUGCCUUGCAAUGUUGACAAAUAUUCCUGCAUUGCAAAGGUGGAGAUGAGACUAAGAAUGCCUUUCUUAAGGUUACUCAGUGAGUUCAUGUCUGAGUUGAUACUUAUGAACAACAUCUCUUAUGUAAAACAAAAGGUCUCUCUGGCUCAGCAUUGCUCUUGUCCCCAGUGUCUGAUAUUCAGACACUGCACACAAGGCUUCCUAAGCACCUGCAGUCAGCUGGUUGUUGGCACUUGGGAAGUGCUACACAGGGUGUUUUACAGGCACUGUCAUUCAGCUACAAAGCUUCUUUGUCCAAGCUCCUCCUUUGCCUUCCCCACACUUGACAUCAUCAUGAGGUGUACAGCAGGUGGGCAUGGCUUGCAAGAAACAGCUUUACAGGUCAAAUGAGGAGGUUUGGUUGUCCUAAUCAGGCUGUGGCCUGGAGGUUCUGCCCACUUGGUUUAAUGUUGCAUCUGAACCAGGCUAUAGAUUCAGUAGAAACCAAAUUGGGUAGUUUUAUGUAGUCAUAUUUCCACCCAGAUAAAGUCCCACUGUUGAAUGGGUGCAUUACUGUUUGCCAUGAAAUACAACCUCCCCUAUUUUAUACCACUGGUGGUCUAAAAUAAAAAUUUGAAAGCAACUUUUAUUAAAGAUCCAUGCUUAAUAAUCUUACACAGGUUGGCAGACAAGUGGCUGUAUAUAACACAGUGCAACAAAACCAGUGCUAGGUCUUGGGAACCUGUAUUAAUACCAACCCGCAUCACAGCAUUCAAAUUCUUUCCCCAUCCCCUAAUUGAGCAGCGGCUGUAGUAUUUUCUUCUCAUGAUAGAAUAGAUAGAGACUGGCUAAUGAAAAUGGCUUCCCUAAGUGCGCCACAGAUGUAAAGUGUUAGCAACAGCUGAAAUGUUUAUUUAAUUUGCAAACAGUUGUUUCUGUUUUUUGCAUUUUAAAAAUGGACUGUUUUGUGCCUGUCUUAUAUACUCUUUGCCCUAACACUUUAGUUAAGAUGGAAUCCUUUAGGUGAUUUCAUUGGAGGAUUCCUGAAAGUUUGUGAGGAAUACAAGUCUGCUGAAUUACACGUGUAACAAUUACCCCGUACUCCUGGUCAACAAAGAAGCUAAACAAACAGGUUAACUCAGUGGUUCCCAACAGGUGGUCCGGGGACCCCCAGGGGUCCGCGAGCUAUGCCAGAGGGGUCCGUAAGAUGCUAUUAGAAUAAAAAAUAUAUUAAAUAUAUUUCGUAUGAUAACAGAUUUUUUGUUUUGGCCGCUUCCUGCAUGAGCAGAGUCUAGCGCAAAACUAGAAUUAGAUAGAGGCAGUAGUUCUGCUGUAUGCCGUUAGGUGGCGCUUUACAAACACUACUGUUUUGCAAAGAGGCAGCGCACGCAUUCUACUAACGCUCACCUCCCCAAGAUGCUUUGCGCGUGUCGGCUUCAUUUGUGCGCUACUGCGCAGGUACCCUGUCUUCUCCAUUCCCCUCCCUCCUCCCUGGCGCGCGCUGCCUCUUUGCAAAACAGUAGUGUUUGUAAACAAAGCGUUGUUUUUCACGGAAGCUACAGUUCGCGUAGUUAACAAUGGACCGUUGGUUAAAAAGUGGUUCAUCUCAUUAAGAACUGAAAAUUAAAACUAACUGUAUACUGAUGGAGUACUCUUUUGUAACUGUAAAAAACAUAUAAAUAUAAAAUAUAAAAAGACUCUUAAUUUGGCUCUCACUUUUUAAUUUUAGGAUCAGGAAUUAAUGGGGGUCCUUGUCACAAUAGCGGCUCAAUGAGGGGUCCUCGAGAAAAUUUUGUUGGGAACCCCUGGGUUAACUAAAUGUCCACAAGCUCCUUCUGAGUAACAUUUUUCUUCUUUUCUGUACUUACGUUCAGAUAAGAUUUAAAAUGAAUGAAUGAAUGAAUAAAUAAAUAAAUAAAAGGGAAAUAUAUUUCUUUUGCACUUUGCAGGAAGCAGCUUGUGUGGAUAUUAUAGAUUCAACGAUACCUGUUGUAAAUCCUUGUCUGAGGCAUGAGUAGGGUGUUUUGGCUAUGGGUUCCGAAACAUGUGGUGUGCCCUGGAUAGCAGCUUAGAGGCAUAUGACUCAGUGUUCUUCCAAUAUAAGAUUUGUUUGUAAAUGCAUAUCAAACAGGUAGCCAAGAAUGAAGAAAGCUAACCGGAGCGUUGGUUCAAUGCCCAAGGUGUCUGGAAUAAAUAAAAUACAAACGGUGGAAAAAGUCAAACCAGAAAACAGUUCCACAGUAUCUGCGGUGACAAAGCUUUCAAAAGCUGGGACAGCAUCAUCAUUAUUGAAGACAAAGAGCAAUGAUGAUCUUUUAGCUGGGAUGGCUGGAGGGGUUAAUAUGAGCAACGGUGUCAAGGGAAAGAAGAGCACUUGCACUUCGACAGGGCCUUCCACUGCAGGGACCACCAUGAACAACCUGGAGAAUAAAUCCAAGCCUGUUACAGGUACAACUUCUGCAGCAAAGCGUAGCACUUCGGCUGGGAAUAAGGAAUCCAACUCUUCUCGAGAAAGAAUUCGUGACCGUUCGCGGCUGACACAAAGCAAAAAAUUGCCACUAGCUGGGCAGACAAGCAAUGAUACCGUCCUUGCAAAACGCUCCCGUAGCCGUGCUAACCCAGACUCUGAUAUUCGCAUGAGCAAAUCUAAAUCAGACAAUCAGAUCAGUGACAAAUCUGUUCUGGAAGCAAAAGUAAAAGAUCUUUUGACUUUGGCCAAAACAAAAGAUGUAGAGAUCUUACACUUGAGGAAUGAACUCAGAGAAAUGCGUGCUCAGCUUGGCCUAAAUGAAGAUCAGUUUGAGGGAGUUGAGAAAUCUGAGGAGAAAGAAACCAUCGUCGUCCACCAGCCAACUGACGUUGAGUCCACAUUAUUGCAGUUGCAAGAACAGAACACUGCCAUCCGGGAGGAGCUCAACCAGUUGAAAAAUGAGAAUCGGAUGUUGAAGGACAGGCUAAACGCAUUGGGGUUUUCUUUGGAGCAAAGGCUGGACAACUCUGAAAAGCUGUUUGGCUACCAGUCUUUGAGCCCAGAAAUGACAGCUGGAAGCCAUAGUGAUGGUGGGGGUACCCUCACUUCCUCAGUAGAAGGUUCUGCCCCUGGUUCAAUGGAAGAUCUUCUGACUCAUGACGAGAACACCUUGAUGGACAAUCAGCACAGUAACUCCAUGGAUAACUUGGACAGUGAGUGCAGUGAAGUUUAUCAGCCGCUCACUUCAAGUGAUGAUGCCUUGGACGCUCCAUCCUCUUCAGAGUCUGAGGGUGUGCCAAGCAUAGAAAGGUCAAGGAAAGGGAGCAGUGGCAAUGCCAGUGAAGUAUCUGUGGCUUGCUUGACGGAGCGGAUACACCAGAUGGAAGAGAACCAUCAUAGCACAGCCGAGGAACUUCAAGCCACUCUACAGGAACUUGCAGACUUGCAGCAGAUUACACAAGAGUUGAACAGUGAGAACGAAAGGCUUGGUGAAGAAAAGGUUAUUCUUAUGGAGUCUUUGUGCCAGCAGAGUGAUAAGUUGGAACAUUUUAGCCGGCAGAUUGAGUACUUUCGCUCCCUUUUAGACGAGCAUCAUAUAUCUUACGUUAUUGAUGAAGACAUGAAAAGCGGGCGCUACAUGGAGUUGGAGCAACGCUACAUGGACCUUGCAGAGAAUGCACGUUUUGAAAGAGAGCAACUCCUCGGCGUCCAGCAGCAUCUGAGCAACACUUUGAAGAUGGCAGAACAAGAUAACAAGGAAGCUCAGGAGAUGAUCGGGGCGCUGAAGGAACGGAAUCACCAUAUGGAACGAAUUAUUGAGUCGGAACAGAAAAGCAAGACCGCUCUAGCAGCCACUUUGGAUGAGUACAAAGCCACAGUUGCCAGUGACCAGAUCGAGAUGAACCGGCUGAAAUCCCAGCUAGACCAUGAGAAGCAGAAAGUUGCUGAGCUGUAUUCCAUACACAAUUCUGGUGACAAAUCGGACAUACAAGACUUGCUAGAGAGUGUCAGGCUUGACAAGGAGAAAGCAGAGACGUUAGCCAGCAGCCUGCAAGAGGAGCUCGCUCAUACGCGUAAUGAUGCCAACCGCCUACAAGACGCCAUUGCAAAGAUAGAAGAUGAAUAUAGAGCUUUCCAAGAAGAAGCAAAAAAGCAAAUUGAGGACCUGAAUAUUACCUUGGAAAAACUUCGGACCGAUCUGGAUGAAAAAGAAACAGAAAGGAGUGAUAUGAAGGAAACCAUAUUUGAACUGGAAGAUGAAGUAGAGCAGCAUCGAGCGGUAAAACUCCACGACAAUCUCAUUAUAUCUGACCUGGAGAAUACUGUUAAAAAGCUUCAAGACCAAAAGCAUGAUAUGGAAAGAGAGAUCAAGACUCUGCACAGACGACUCAGGGAGGAGUCUGCGGAAUGGCGGCAGUUCCAAGCUGAUUUGCAGACAGCUGUGGUCAUAGCAAACGAUAUAAAAUCUGAGGCUCAAGAAGAGAUUGGAGACCUAAAGCGCAGGCUGCAUGAAGCUCAAGAGAAGAACGAAAAACUCACAAAAGAGUUGGAGGAAAUAAAAUCACGCAAGCAAGAAGAAGAACGUGGCCGCGUUUACAAUUACAUGAAUGCUGUUGAAAGAGACUUAGCAGCUCUGAGGCAAGGAAUGGGUUUGAGUCGCAGGUCAUCCACUUCUUCAGAGCCAACGCCCACUGUAAAAACUCUCAUCAAAUCCUUUGACAGUGCCUCACAAGUUCCUGGUCCAGCUGCAGCUACAAUGCCUCGUACCCCCCUGAGCCCAAGUCCUCUGAAAACCCCUCCUGCAGCAGCAGUAUCGCCAAUGCAGAGGCAUUCCAUAAGUGGACCAAUAUCUGCUUCCAAGCCCCUCACGACUCUGUCAGACAAAAGGCCAAGUUAUGCAGAAAUGCCAGUGCAAGAUCAUUUGCUGAGAACUUCCUCAACCAGCAGACCAGCUUCCCUGCCAAGAGUUCCUGCUAUGGAAAGUGCCAAAUCUAUUUCUGUAUCUCGGCGAAGCAGUGAAGAAAUCAAGCGGGACAUCAGUGCCCCUGAUGGAGCAUCUCCAGCCUCUCUCAUAGCAAUGGGGACUACUUCACCACAGCUGUCUCUCUCGUCUUCACCUACAGCGUCCGUCACCCCUACAACACGCAAUCGAAUAAGAGAAGAGAGGAAGGACCCUUUGUCUGCUCUGGCCAGAGAAUAUGGAGGCUCCAAGAGGAAUGCUUUGCUGAAGUGGUGUCAGAAGAAAACAGAAGGGUAUCAGAAUAUCGAUAUCACAAACUUCAGCAGCAGCUGGAAUGACGGGUUGGCUUUCUGUGCUGUUCUUCACACUUACCUCCCAGCUCAUAUUCCCUAUCAAGAGCUGAACAGUCAAGACAAGAAAAGAAAUUUCACUCUGGCUUUUCAGGCAGCCGAAAGUGUUGGCAUCAAAUCCACUCUGGACAUUAAUGAGAUGGUACGAACGGAACGCCCGGACUGGCAGAAUGUCAUGUUGUACGUUACAGCAAUUUACAAAUAUUUUGAAACCUGAGAGCUGGAAUAGCAAUAGAGAAUGUUGGGGAAGCACAAUCCCAGCACCACACACUAAGCUCAACCAACACCUCUUGACUUUGGAUGAAACGCGUAAUACAGCAUUCUGAGUGGCUUUGGUGAGCAAGGUUUCGUUAACCCAGCACUUGGGCAAACCCAAAUAGCUAAAUGAGCUGGAUUAAAUUAUUAGCCUGUGAAGCCUGAACUUUACAAAUGACCCUGUAAGCCAAGUGUCAAAAAGCUUCCAAACUUCCAUUGGUGAAGAGUGAACUGAAUGAGAUGCCACUGAAUCGACAAGGCUGAUACGUAAGGGAAGGGAAGUCUCUAGGACUGUAUUGCAAGACUUUUCUUCAUGGAAAACACCUCUGGCGGUUGGGUGGAUGUUCUGCUUGUUGCUCCUCACCCAAGUACAGGAAAAAAAACUUUUAAUCAUCACCUAGUUAUUGCCUUAUUCUAUCUCCAGCUCCUCAAAGUGCACAAUUCUUAUAGGAAGUACAAAGGUGUCUUCUCUCUUUGAGUUCACCUGACUGAAGAAUGGUGUCAAAUAUUGGCCUACUCUCAGUGCACAAAACGAAGGGUCUGUGUUUAAGCCUACCUCUCUUCUCCAUGGCUUCCAACUUUAUUACUGGAUGGAUUCCAGCCUUGCACAUUUGAUUCCCAACUUUCAGGAUAUUUCCAUGUGCAGGUGAUCGGACACACUGCAAUUUGUUGUGCUUCCAAGAGAAUUUAGUUUAUAUGGAAUUUACUUUUCUUUGGCAAAGUGUAACCUUUCCUUGGCAGGAGCUCAGAUGAUGUAUCACCUGAGAUUAAGCUGGUUGAAAUGAUUGUUUUGAUCAUUGGAUAGGUUAAGCUCCUUUUCAGAAAAAGAACUUUCUGCAACUAGCAAUAACUGCUUUUUGCCCCUGAAGCUUUGUGGUGUGUUCUGAUCUGAUUGUUUGCCAAAAGCAGCAGCAGUAGCUGCUGCCUCUUCCCAGGUUUAUCUAAAAGGCCCUUCCAUGGGCUUCCCUUUCAGGAAUGACUUAAAUGAAUGGAGCAUGCAUAGGAGCAGCAGCCAUGAUUCGUAGAUUGUGCCUGUGAGCUGAAAAUUGACCUCCUAUAAGCCUAGUUUAAAAUGUGGGAUCAAUGCCGGCGAGAGAAGAAAAUGCAGAGUUCAGGAUGUUUGUCCUGUGGCGUUGUGUCCACUUGCCACAACUCUCUGGGAGAAAAGCGUUAAAGCAAGUGCCUUACUUGGCUCUGAGAUAAGAGGAGCUCUAAUUGCAAGGCAGUGCACAAAAGACUUCAGACAUUUGGUGGUAGUAGAAGCAGUGAGGCUUCUAUGGUUCUGUCCUUCUCUAAGAAGGCCUUAGCACCUACCAUCUUUUUCCUAGAUGCAGAGCAACUGUUAGUCCCCCCCAAGUGGAGACCCAGUUACUGCUGAGGGAUAGGGAUCUUUUGAGUCCCCCAUUUUGAUGACCCCCCUUCACCCUGUUGCUUAUGGAUGUAUUUAGCUUUCAUUUUCCCCCAACAGCCCAACUAGAAAUAAUACUCUUUCCUUUUUUUUCAAUCUUUUCUGUGUGCCUGGAACUCUUAAAGGACACUUUUUGAAUGUCAUAGGUAUAUGAAUGGUCACGAAUGUAGCCCCGGUCCAAGGUCUGCUGUGGAAGGGUCACUGUGACAGGAGCCAGGUGCCUAGCUGAAUUUUGGGACAAGUCAGAAUAAGCUUUGAACCUUUCAUUGUGCCUCCAAGUACCCCCUCCCUUGUACAUGGUUUCAUAGCUCAAGGAAUACAAGCAAAACUUACAUGUGGCUAUAAAAUGGCUGGUGAUCUCCCAUUGCAAGUGUUUAAAUUCAACUCCUACUUUCCUGUGGUUUUUCUCCUUCCUCUCAAAUUGUGAGGCCAAUAUCAAAGGUUCCUGCAAAUACCUAAAUGACUUUGGCGUUUGAGUGAACAGAGUUAGCAUUUCCCAUUUAGGGACAAAGAGUUGCAGAUUUUUUAGAUGGAACUCUCCCUUCAAAAAAACAAAAACAAACCAACCAACCCCCCUUUUGCUAGCCCUAAAAUGAGGUACUAAAAUAAGAUCAUCCUCACUGUGUUCUGCUUUCUUACUGUUGUGGUACAAAGGAAUUUGCUUCAGGUCCCCUGCUUGUGAACUUAAGUUGUAUUGCUCCACAGGUGCACCUCUCUCUAUUUAUUGCAUUGCAAUUGAAGAAGCAUUUUUUUUUCUAGUGAGCUGUCUUCCUCCUACACUCAACAGCAUCUUAUUUUAUGGACUGUGCUUGAGUCCAGUGGUGACGAGACUCAUCUUGAGCAGAAUCCUGCUUCUAAACUCUUCCUCUACAGUCACAGGGGAGAGCUGAUCAGGAGGGCAUUGAUGAAAAGAGGAGUGAGUUGUUCAAGGAAGUGAAGGGCAAAGGCAAAAGAACUGAAGAGCGGGAAACGUUCUGCAGAUGGAGCACAAGGAAAAGAAAAAAUGUGUUUCCUUGCAUUGAUUAUCCAAAACCUUUUAUGGUAAAGACUGAACUACCAAGAGAGAUGAUUUCAUCAAGACAAGAAGCACUCAGAGGGAUGAAGGAAAUUGAGUUUUAAAAAACACACAUCCCAUUUUGCAAAAGAAGAAAAUAUUUGCUCUUGGUUAGAUAGCGUGCUACAUAAGUAUUCUUCCAUUCUUUAUUCACUUUUUAAAGACUGAUUAACAUGUUACUGUAAAGUACAUUUCUUGCUGGUUUUGUUUUUGUUCUAUUAAAUAUUUUUAAUAUACCGUAAAAAACAGCCAACAGUGAGUGUGCUUGGGUUUUUUAAUCGCAUUUCUUUAGAUCCUGCAAAUGUCCCUGCAUUUUAAUGGGUCUGCUUUAUAAAAAAGAAAUUAAAAGGAGCUCAUGGUGUUAAACACAAGCAAGUGAAAACAAUACCUGGCGGUUUGGGGGAUUCUCUUGCAGACACUUUAGUGAGGUCUUAACUGGAGUUUUGUCUUGGUCUUUGUGUUAGAUGAGCAAAGGUGCUUUGAAGGCAUAGCUAUCUCUAACCUCCAUCUCAUAACCUGCACAGGGGGGGUCCUGCAGCAGGGUGAGGUGCUUCUGUUCAGGCUUCCAACCACUCUCAUCCCCAACAGUCAGCAUACUUGGUACUACUCAUUUGGGCAAGAGGAGGGGAGUGGGCACACAGUCCCUCCCUGCUGACUACAUUUUUUACUUCUCUGGACAGCUCUCACUUCCAUCCCUGGAAUCAUUUUUUUAAAUCACUUCUCUGUGCGAACCAGGAAAUUGCCUAUCCAGACCCUAAGUUGGUUCUUGCUUCCUUCCUUCUUUCAGUCUCUCUUCCUCUGGCCUCCUGUUCCAACCCCUCCAUUCUUCUCCCCGUCCCACCCAGUUUUCAGAUUUUUUUCCUCUCAACCAUCACUCGGCAUUCUGUGGGCACUGAGCAUGCUCACGCGGGAUGAUGUUCAGAGGGUACUCAAGGUGGUUCUAUUCCUUCAAGGCAGCAAUGCUUCCAAAUACCAAUUUCUGGAAACCAGGGAAUGGAAAAGUGUUCUUGUGCUCAUGUUCUGCUCCCUGGUUUCCCACAGGCUUAUGGAGUGGCCACUGUGAGAAUAGGUUGCUGUACUAGAGCCAUUGGCCUGAUCCAGCAGGCUGCUCUUAUGCUCUUAAAUCUCAGAUUUCUGCCAAGCCUACGGGUACCUUCCUCUUGUGAGUGCUAUUUUGGCUCCAUGGCAAAAGGAUUUAAUUGGAGUUCGACUCAAGGGUUGCUUAUCACUCAAGGAAAUAUUUGCACACCCCGCCAAGGGAAUAGCCACUUCUGCAGUGCUUGGUAUCAAGGCCUCACUGUUAUAUAUAUCCUGCCCUCCUAGUGCUUACACAACACUCAUGGCAGCUAGAAACAAUUAAGACCAGCUAUAACAAUAAUAUUGUUAUUUAAUAAAUAAUGUUAUUUAAUAUAAAAAAACAUGGGACGCAGGUGGUGCUGUGGGUUAAACCACAG